UAGGGGCUGGGGGGGGAUGUGUAGAGGCGUCCGCAGCAAACUUGACCUUGUGAAGGUCACGGCGUUGCCGGUGCUCGAGUGGGCGGCCGGGCGUCUGCGGAGUCAGGAGUCCAUCCCGUUGGAGGUGACUUCCGAGAGCGCCGUCCGCUUUCUCCCGGAGGCCGCGGCGAUCUCGCCGGGACGCACUACACGUGGUUCCCCUAUCCCCGACCUUUGACCCUUGACCUUCAAGCUGGUGGGACUCCCCCCUCCCCCAACUCCUCCGUCUCCAGGGUGGCGCGUCGGGAGACCCUGGCCCCUGCCCGCGUGAGGCCUGCGGCGGUUCGGUCCCGCCUCGGAACUGGGACCCCGCGCCCGGCCUGUGCGAGGCGCGGGGGUGGGUCCCUGGGCCUCUGACCUUUGACCCCGCGGUGCCUUCCGCGGCCUGCCUGGGGGGUCCCUGGCCGCGCCCACCUGCCCGGGGCACCCGCCGUCUCCCUGUGUCUGCCCGGCUGGGGCUCGCCGUCCAUCCUCCUCUCUCUUCCCGGCCUCCUCCCUCCCUCCUUCCUCCCGCCUUUUCAGCCUCCUCCUACUGCGUUUUCUCCUUUCUGGCUCCCUCCUUCCCUCCCUGCCUUUGCUCUUUUCCUCUUUUCCCCUUCCUCCUUUUUCUGCCUCUUUCCGUGUCUCGCUCCCUGCUUUCCCUCCCUCCCCCCUUUCCCUCCCUUUCCUUCCUUCCCUCCCUCUUCCUUUCUUUCAUUUCCCAUCUCCCUUCCUCUUCUCUUUCUCCCCUUUUUCUCUAUUCUGCUCCCUCUUUUUAUUUCCUUCCUCCGUCCUUUCCUUUUUUUUUCCUUAUUUUCUUCCUCCGUCUUUCCUUUUUUUUUCUUUCUUUUUUUUAAAAAAUAUGUUUUUAUUCUUAAAGACGGGGUUUCACCAUAUUGGUCAGGCUGGUCUGGAACUUCUGACCUCAGGUGAUCCGCCCGCCUCAGCCUCCCAAAGCGCUGGGAUUACAGGCGUGAGCCAGCACGGCUGGCUGUUUCCUGUAUUUUUUUCCUCCCUCCCUCCUUUUUCUCCCUCUGUCUCUCUCUCUCUCUCUCUCUCUUUUUCCUCCCUCCCUCUUACUCUUUCCUUCCUUCCCUCCCUUUUCCUUUCAUUUCCCAUCUCCCUCCCUCCUUUCUCUGUCUCCCCUUUUUCUCUUCUCCCUCGUUCUCCUUUCCUCCCUCCUUCCUCUCUCCCUCUUUCCAUCUUUCUGUCCCUGCUUUUCCUCUCUUUUCUUCCUUCCGUCUCCUUUUCUUCUUUCAUUUCCCAUCUCCUCUUCCUUUGUCUUUCUCUCGCCUUUUUUUUUUUGUUUUUAGGAGAAGGGAUUUCACCAUCUUGGUCAGGCUGGUCUCGAUCUCCUGACCUCUUGAUCUGCCGGCCUUGGCCUCCGAAAGUGCAGCGAUGACAAGUGAGAAGAAGGUCCCUUCCAUGCGGGCGGGGACUGCUAACAGUGUCCAGACGCUGAGACGGCCCUCUGUGUGCUGAGCCCUCAGCUGACCCGGGCUUGCUGACUGUGACAGGCAGGGCGGUGCUGUCUGCCGGCUUUGAACGAUGCCUGGGUGCCUGGGUCUCGCACCCAGGAUGCGCUCAGCAAAUGCUUCUGGAAUGUAUGAAUGAAUUGCUGAGUAGGGAACGCGAAGCCUGCGGGAAAUGUGUAAGCGCAGGGAGCCUGUUUGAAAGUGCUAGAUGGACAGCAGUGUCUCCACCAGCAGCAGGCCGGCCCCUGAGGGGAGAGCAGAGCUGGAGUCUUGGCCAGCCAGGCAGGGAUCCUUCAGGGGCCAGCAGAGCACACAGCGGGCAACUGGAGCUCAGAACAGUGAACAGAGGCUGCCGAGAAGCCCUGCCCAGGAGACCCACGCAAGUGCUUUUAUAGGAAGAACAACUCUCCUAUCAAUUGCAGUUGAGAUUGUGGUCGAGCGCGGAGACUCAGGCCUGUCAUCCCAGCACUUUGGGAGGCCGAAAGGGGAGGAUCGCCUGAGGUCGGGAGUUCGAGACCAGCCUGGCCAACACGGAGAAACACCGUCUCUACUAAAAAUACAAAAUUAGCCGGGCGUGGUUACCGGUGCCUGUAAUCCCAGGUACUCGGGAGGCUGAGGCAGGAGAAUCACUUGAACCCGGGAGGCGGAGGUUGCAGUGAGCUGAGAUGGCGCCAUUGCACUCCAGCCUGGGUGAGACAGCGAGACUCUGCCUCAAAAAAUAAAUAAAUGACACCGAGAUUCUUCUGAGCCCGAAUAUCAGCCCCAAAGUGAGGUCUGGAAUGACAGGCAGGCGGCCCUCCACCAAUACGGUAGGAGGAAGGGCUGUUGCUGUUGCCUUUGGCGAGCAGGAAUACCUGACAAGCAGGUCACGUGCCCGGGUCCCGCGUCGCACAUUCCCGGGGCUCCCCGUCCCACAUUCCCGGGUUCCGCGUCGCACAUGCCCCUGGUUCUGCGUCCCACAUGCCCCGGGUUCCCCUUCCCACAUUCCCGGGGUUCCCCUUCCCGGGUUCCCCGUCCCACAUGCCCCGGGUUUCUCAUCCCAUAUUUCCGGGGUUCCGCAUUUCACAUUCCCCGGGUUCCGCGUCCCGCAUUCACUGGGUCACCAUCCCGCAUUCCCCGGCUUUCCGUCCCACAUGCCACGGGUUCCCCGUGUUCCCCGUCCCACAUUCUCGGGGUUCCGCAUCCCACGUUUCCUGAGUUCCCCUUCCUACAUGCCCCCGGUUCCCCGUCCCACAUUCCCAGGGUUCCGUGUCCCAAAUGCCCCGGGUUCCCCUUCCCACGUUCCGCGGGUUCUCCAUCCCACAUUCCCGGGGGUCCCCGUCUCUCAUUUCCUGGGUUCCCCUUCCCACAUUCCCGGGUUCUCCAUCCCACAUUCCCGGGAUUCCGCGUCGCACACGCCCCUGGUUCUACGUCCCACAUGCCCCGGGUUCCCCGUCCCAGAUUCCCCGAGUUCCCUGUCCCGGAUUUCCGGGGCUUCCGUCCCACAUGCUCCGGGUUUCUCAUCCCACAUUUCCGGGGUUCCGCAUUCCACAUGCCCAGGGUUCAGAGUUCCACGUUCCCUGAGGUCCCCGUCUCACAUGCCGCGGGUUCCGCGUCCGAAAUUUCUGGGGUUCCCCUUCCCACAUUAUCCGGGUUCCCUGCCCCACAUUCCCCGGGUUCCGUAUCCCACAUUCCCUGGAUUCCCCUUCCCGCAUUCCCCAGGUACCAUGUCCCACAUUCCCUGGGUUCCGCGUCCCGCAUUCCCCGGGUUCCACGUGCCACAUUCCCAGGGUUGCGCGUCCCACAUUCCCGGGGUUCUCCUUCCCACAUUCCCCGGGUUCCACGUCCCGCAUUCACCGGGUUCCCCUUCCCGCAUUCCCUGGGUUUCCGUCCCACAUGCCACGGGUUCCCCGUGUUCCCCGUCCCACAUUCCCGGGGUUCCGCAUCCCACAUUUCCUGGGUUCCCCUUCCUACAUGCCCCCGGUUCCCCGUCCCACAUUCCCAGGGUUCCGUGUCCCAAAUGCCCGGGGUACCCCUUCCCGCGUUCCGCGGGUUCUCCAUCCCACAUUCCCGGGGCUCCCCGUCUCUCAUUUCCCGGGUUCCCCUUCCCACAUUCCCCGGGUUUCCGUCUUACAUGCUCCGGGUUCCCCGUCCCACAUUUCCCGGGUUCCCGUCCCACAUUCCCCGGGUUCCCGUCCCACAUUCCCUGGGUUUCCGUCCCACAUGCCCCGGGUUUCUCAUCCCACAUUUCCCGGGUUCCCCGUCCCACAUUCCCCGGGUUCCCCGUCCCACAUUUCCGGGGUUCCGCAUCCCACAUGCCCCGGGGUUCCCCGUCCCACAUUCCCCGGGUUCCGCAUCCCACAUGCCCCCGGUUCCACGUCCCGCAUUCCUGUCGUUCCGCUUUCCACAUUUUCUUGGCACGUGGCUAGUGAGGGCCCCCUUCCUGCAGUCCGGGAAGUAAAAACUGCGUGGCUGAAAGAUCCUCUGUCUCAGGGCUGAUUUUCUUUGCAGCACUGAGUAUCUAUUUCCAACACCGUCAUCUCUGAAAUUCAUGGGUUAAAGCCUGAACCCCGAGGACCUCAGAGUGUUAGGAUGUUUAAAGAGGUAAUUCGGGUAAAAUGAGGUCAUCAAUAUGGGCUCUAAUCUGAUAUGAAUGUUGCUGCACCAGGAGAGGGAUUAAGACCCAGACAUGCUUCCUGCCUCCCAGAUCCUCUAGGGAUGGACGGACUUCUCCUUCAGCGUCUGUGUCUCCUCGUCUGUCUCUUAAAAGGACACGUGUCAUUGCCUGUAGGGGCCUUCUUAUACUGAGAACGACGUUGGAAGAGUUCAUAUUAUGUGUUCACUUGACUGGAGCAUGGGGUGCCUAGGUGUUCGAUUGAACAUUACUCUGGGGUAUCUGUAAGGGUGGAAGGGAGGAUCCUUCUGGCCUCCCCGAGGUCUGGGGGCUCCAGCAUCCCUGGGCUUGUGGCCGCAGCACUCCACUCUGUGCCUCUGUCCCCACGUGGCCUUCUCAAGGGUCUGCUAUAAUGACCUCCUCUUGACUUAAUUCCAUCUGCAAAGAUCCUAUUUCUAAAUUAGGUCCCAGUCAGAGGUAUUUGGAGUUAGGACACUAGAAAUAGAAAUUCCAUUUGACCCAGGAAUCCCAUUACUUGGUAUAUACCCAAAGGACUAUAAAUCGUUCUAGUAUAAGGACACAUGCACGCGAAUGUUCACUGCAGCACAGUUUACAAUAGCAAAGACCUGGAACCAACCCAAAUGCCCAUUGAUGGUAGACUGGACAGGGAAAAUGUAGCACAUAUACACCAUGGAAUACUACGCAGCCAUCAAAAAAGAGUUUGUAUCCUUUGUAGGGACAUGGACUAAGCUGGAAACCAUCAUCCUCAGCAAACUGACAAAAGAACAGAAAAUCAAACACCACAUGUUCUCACUCAUAGGUGGGUGUUGAACAAUGAG